AUGUUGGUUGGUGUCGCUGCAUCCGACUCCUUAGGAUUUGAUCCACAUACUGUCACAGAGGCCAAAUGUUGCCCGGAUUGGCCUGAAUGGCAAGAAGCCAUGCACGAUGAGAUCAGAAGGCUGGAGUUGAGAAAAGCAUGGGUGUACGUGGACCCGCCGCCGCGAUCGUCGGGCCAAAAUGUUGUCGGCUCGAAAUGGGUAUUUCGCACGAAGCGAGAUGCUCGUGGCGAAGUUACAGGCUAUCGCGCACGCUUAGUGGCUCAAGGUUUCACACAAGUCGAAGGUGUCGACUAUUUUUCUGACGAUACCUAUGCCGCCGUGUGCAAGCUUGCAUCUAUCCGCGUCAUUCUCUCUGUCGCUGCCCGCAAUGGAUGGUUCACACAUCAGGUCGAUGUCAAGAGCGCGUUUGAUGAAAAGAUCUAUAUGCGGCCCCCUUCUGACAUCGAGCUUGAUGGCCUGAAGCCUGGCCAGAUCCUAUUACUACUCGUUGCACUCUAUGGACUCCACCAGUCUGACCGACGCUGGUACAUCCGUCUCCGCAAGAUUCUCGAGGGCUUCAAACUUGUUCGGCUUGAGCACAAUCACGCCGUGUUCUAUCGGCGCCAUCCUGAUGGUGAAAUAUCUAUCAUAUUCCUUCAUGUAGAUGAUAUGACACUGGUCUGCUCGCUACUCGCUAACCUGCUUCACCUCAAAGUAAUGAUCAAGUCUGAACUCGAAAUCACGGACAAUGGUGAACUACACUGGCUACUCGGAAUUGAAGUCAGAUGCAACCUCAAGAAGCACACAAUCGCGCUAUCACAACGGGUGUAUAUCGAUUCAAUCAUUGCCCGCUAUGGAUUUUCUGAUGCAAAGCCACUCUCGCAGCUCAUGGAUCCCCAUGUCCACCUCUCUGUCGACCAAUGCCCUGUUUCGACAGCCGAAUAUGCCGCUAUGCGAGAUAAACCAUAUCUAGAGGCAUUAGGAGCACUACAGUAUGUCUCCGUCGCUACUCGCCCUGACAUCACUUUUGCAGUUGGACAACUUGCUCAGUUCGGAUGGAACCCUGGCAUUGCACACUGGAGUGCAUUAAAGCGCAUUUACCAGUAUCUGAAGGGGACCGCGGACAUCUGGCUCAUGCUCGGCAGCUCGGAGGACAACGACAUCAUUGGAUACUCAGAUGCCGAUGGCAUGAGUACGGAGGGAUGCCGUGCAAUCUCUGGCUAUGUUUUUAUGCUCAACGGCGGCGCAGUUUCAUGGUCUUCAAAGCGCCAGGACCUUGUUACCCUCUCGACAACCGAGGCCAAGUACGUUGCAUUGACGCACGCGAGCAAGGAAGCCAUCUGGCUUCGCUCUUUCAUCAAGGAGCUCUUUGGUGACCCGGAACACCCCCUGCCUCUCCGUUCUGACAAUCAGUCCGCUAUUGCGCUCGCCAAGGAUGACCGUUUUCAUGCACGUACCAAGCACAUCGACAUUCGCUUUCACUUUAUUCGCUAUGCCAUUGCUGAGGGGAAGAUCUCGCUGUCAUACUUAGUGUUGCGUAGUCCUGUCCUAGGACCCGGCAAGGACUGA